UUUAAAAAAAAAAAUUAUUUACUAGUUUACAAAUGUGUAAAAUAUACUAAAUUUACUUCGCAAACAUUAAACAGCCACAUUAGAAGACAACAGAUUAAAUUCGACAGAUAACGAUUAUCCACAACGAUUUCAAUCAACUGUUUAACUAAAAUCUAUCAGAAUAUGUGAUACUUCUACAAUUUUUUGUUAUAAAUAUUAGCAGGAAUUAAAAAGUCGACACCAUGUGGAAAUUCCCGCAAUUUGCUAUCAGAACCAUGAUUUCAUUGUUUUUAGUCUUAUUAAUGCCAGAUUUCAUAUUGGCUUUGCGUAAUGUCAGCGUAACCAUACCGUUGGCCGUUAAACGCGGUGAUAAUGCGAUUUUAAUCUGUAAUUACGACAUUGAAAAUGACACUUUGUACACGGUUAAAUGGUAUCGUGGACGUCGGGAAUUUUAUCGCUACACGCCAAAGGAGAAUCCGGCAUGGAAAAUAUUCCCAUCAGCAGCCAAUGGCCUAUCGGUGGAUCUAUCUUAUUUGCAUUUUACAGACAACUCAAUCAAACGCCAGUCAUGUUCUCAUUCGAAACGUACCUCUCUCUAUAUCAGGACGAUAUGCAUGCGAAGUAUCAGCGGAUGCUCCUUCGUUUCAUACAACGAUGAUGAUGGGUAUCAUGGAUGUUGUAGAAUUGCCCACUCAACGUCCUAUAAUCACUGGCAUUCAUUCACGAUAUCGAUUAGGUGAUGUUAUUAAUGGAAAUUGUUCUUCGGACUACUCUAAACCAGCUGCAAAUUUAACUUGGUGGAUAAAUGAUAUACAGGUUCCGCCGAAUUAUUUACGCACAUAUGAUAUCCAAAAACAUGUUGAAGAACAAAUGGAGUCUGCAGUACUGGAAAUUAAUUUCAUAGUAACUUUGCAGCAUUUCAUCAAAGGACGUCUAAAGCUAAAAUGCUCUGCUCGCAUCCAUCGUAUAUACCAUGCUGAAACAGAGAAAUAUUUAGAAGAGGAUCGACCGCGUAUUUUAGCCUCUGGCCGUUCUCCUGAUGUCUAUCAUCACAACGAUGAGUUUGAUGACGAGAACGGCUUAUAUUUGACCCACUAUACAAACUACCAUUCCUCGGCGGAAUCCUUCAUGGGGAAUCUCAAUCGUAUUUCACGGCACAUGUGUGUCCUGAUGCCAAUAUUAAGUUGCUUAUUAUUCAGUUUUAAUCAAAAUUUAUUAACAAAACCGUUGAGUUUUCUGCAAAUCUGCCGUCGGAAGUACCGUCGCCGUUGCCAUAGCCACCACACCAUGUCGAGAGUAAUUUCCACAAGCAAACUCCAUGAGGCGGGAACGACAGGAGUCGUUACAAAGGCUUCACGAAUCGAGCCGCAGCACUGUUACCACAUCAAUUGGUGCUGUCUUAACAAGCGUUACGUUAAUAACAACAAUAAUGGCGCCAACAACAAAUACAAAAGAAAUGCAAGCCAAUUUUUGUGUUGUUUCUGCCCCACCACCACCAAAUGCCAAAGAAGAAUCACCGUGAUUGCCACGCUGGAUAAUGUGAGGCACGCAGAACGGUGAUAAGUUAAUUUACACAAUUAUGACGACAGUAGCGGCAACACAAAAGAAGAAAUUAUUAAAUAAAAUGUGUAUAAAAGCAA